AUGAAUGAGUUGCCAUUCAGAGGAAAGGCCUGUUGGCAAAUAUCUGACACAACUAACAGUUCUCUACAUGUCAUACAAUCAUUGACUGUUGAGGAAUGUAUUAAAGCAACGAUUGUAUUGUUGAUAACAAUAGCUGUAAUAGUGUUGAAUACUUUAAUGAUUGUCGUACUUCACAGUAAAAACUAUUCCCGAUAUUUAAGAGAUUUACCAAAAAUUUUGAUGACAUCGCUAUCAUUGACCGACUUAGCCGUCGGAAUACUGGUCACACCAAUCAGUUUGAUAUCAAUUGUCAAACAGUGUUGGCCGUGGAGUCCAACGGUGUGUGCAAUUGAAGCCCUACUCAUUGCCGCACUCUUUCACGAAUCAACACUUUCUUUACUAUGUAUUGCUAUCGAUAGAUAUAUUUGUAUCAUUCAUCCACUUAGAUAUCACACACUUAUGACUAAAAAGAUUUGUUAUGCAAUGGUAUCGCUGUCUUGGUUUAUGUCAUUUUCAGUAUACGCUAUACUUAUUUAUCCCAAUGCAGAGUAUCGCUAUGAUUCAAAUGGUAUAAUGAGUUGCGAACCAUUUUAUGAGAAAAAAUUGAUAAUAAUAUUAGCGACGACACUAUUUUUUAUACCACCGGCCUUUACACUCGUCUACUGCUAUAUAAAAAUCUUAAGAGUAGCGCACCGGCAGAUCAAAAACAUACAAAAAUGUCCAUCAAAUGCUUACAGUACUAUCCAGGGAUACGACAAUAUUCGCAAAUUUAAUGUGAAGGAAAAGAAGAAAACAUAUCGUAUUUUAGUAACUCUGGGCUCCAUAUCUGUAGGCUUUUUGAUUGCAGUGACUCCGUGGACACUAACAGAGCUGAUAUCGUCAGUCUGGAAGGUCAACCUCCCGAGUAAUGUCGAGUUUGUCGUCACUUGGAUUGCCAUAAGUAACUCAUUCUGGAAUCCUAUUCUCUACGGACUACUAAACAAAUCUUUCCGAAGUGUCGCUUAUGAACUCAUCUCAAGAUUUUUAUUCAAAAAUUGUUUGACGCGAAUCAUUGCAAACAGUUUUAUAUUUAAUAAUCGAUUUCACAAUCGAAACUCUUCACCAAAUAGUGGUAGAGUUGACUUUAUUUUGCCGCAAACUGACGGAUCAGUUUGA